AUGUCACUGGACCAUCUUGGAACAACAGUUUCUGCCACAGGACCAUCUGUUAGUGGAACAACUGUAUCUUCCACAGUACCAUCAGUAAGUGGAACAACUGUAUCUGCCACAGUACCAUCAGUAGGUGGAACAACUGUAUCUGCCACUGUACCAUCAGUAAGUGGAACAACUGUAUCUGCCACAGUACCAUCAGUAGGUGGAACAACUGUCUCUGCCACUGGACCAUCUGUAAGUGGAACAACUGUCUCUGCUACAGUACCAUCAGUAAGUGGAACAACUGUAUCUGCCACAGUACCAUCUUUAAGGGGGACAACUGUCUCUGCCACUGGACCAUCUGUUAGUGGAACAACUGUCUCUGCUACAGUACCAUCAGUAAGUGGAACAACUGUAUCUGCCACAGGACCAUCAGUAGGUGGAACAACUGUCUCUGCCACUGGACCAUCUGUAAGUGGGACAACUGUAACUGCCACAGUAUCAUCUGUGAGUGGAACAACUCUCUCUGCCACGGGACCAUCUGUAAGUGGGACAACUGUUUCUGCCACAGGACCAUCUGUUAGUGGAACAACGGUUUCUGCUACAGGACCAUCAGUAGGAGGAACAACUGUCUCUGCCACGGGACCAUCUGUAAGUGGGACAACUGUUUCUGCCACAGUAUCAUCUGUGAGUGGAACCACUCUCUCUGCCACGGUACCAUCUGUAAGUGGGACAACUGUUUCUGCCACAGGACCAUCUGUAAGUGGAACAACUGUUUCUGCUACAGUACCAUCUGUUAGUGGAACUACUGGCUCUGCAACAGUACCAUCCGUAAGCGGGACAACUAUCUCUGUUUCAGGACCAUCUGUUACGGUUUCAACCACUCAAAAGGGUGCAGCAGGUGGAACAUCUCCACCUAGAAUAUCAUUUGGAACUUCAACUAUUUCUGGAACAGGUGUUACUAGUUUGGUGCCUUCAGUAAGUGGAACAGCUGUAUCUGGUACAGAAGCAUCCGUAACUGGAACAACUAUCCCUAGUUUAGGAUCAUCUACACUUGGAACAACUGUCUCUGAAAUCUGUGAACAUACUGAAACAGUGGACGUGAAUAGUCCCUAUGUAGAUGUACUUUCAUCCGACUCUGCACCUGGAAGUAAUCCAGAAAAUGGGUUGCUCGGAUCAGGAUCAUCAUGGAUACCUAAUUCCCCAGAUAGUACUAUAUCAUUCAGCAUCAAGAGUGUCAAUGAUACCGCUGAAUUCCAUGAUUUGGUUUUCAAAGUGAAGAAUGCGGAGAAGGUGCUUGUUAGUUUAGUCGAUGCUGAUGGAGUAAAUAUCACGUCCAAAUUGGUUGAAGUAACAGGUGAAGAUGUUGGUACAGAAAUAAGUCAGGACUUUGAUGGGAUGCCUGGAGAGACAAUUGUAUUGAGAAUCUAUAAAAAACCAAAUAUGACAAGUGAUGUAGAAUUGUAUGAUUUAUCUGUGGAAACCUGUUUAAAACCAGCAUUCCUAUUAUCAACAAUUUCAACUGUGACAAGUGUAACUGGUAUCUCAAUAUCAACUGAAAUUGGUAAUGCUCCUCCGGAGUAUACAAUACCCUUUGUUCCUUCAACAGUUUUAUCAACUUCAUCAUCGUCAAUAUCAUCUGUGACAAGUGUAACUGGUAUCUCAAUAUCAACUGAAAUUGGUAAUGCUCCUCCAGAGUCCACAAUACCAUUUGUUCCUUCAACAGUUUUAUCAACUACAUCAUCAUCAACAACAGUUCUAGCUCCAGUAUGUGUAUUCAGUCAGCAGGCAUUUAUUGACAACUUUGGAUAUGAACAAAUCAAUUUGAUAGGAUAUGUGGAGAAAGAUGGUCAGCCUGGACUUACCAAUAACAAUGAGAGAAUUUAUGUAAAUGAUACAAUAGAAGCAGGAGUCACUGUCUUGAUUGGUUGUAGUAACUGCACUUGUGAAAGCAAUACUAACAUUCUUUGUCAGAUUGGAACUUGUGAAAAUUGUUCCUAUGCUGAUUGGAGUGCAUGGACUGAUUGUAGUAAACCAUGUGAUAAUGGACAACAAACCAGGGAAAGGUUACUUCUCACCGUUACCAAUCCAAACAUAUGUACAGCUCCUGUUAAGGACACACAAGAUUGUAAUACCUUACCAUGUCCAACAACAGUAACAACACCAGUUUGUAGCGCAUGGGCAGAAUGGUCUAAUUGUUUGGCUCCAACAAACUGUACUGAAGGUACAAGAACUCGUGUGAAGACAUGUUCAAGUGGACCAGAGUUUGAAUCAGAACCUUGCAUUUCAGAAUGUACAUCAACACCAGCUUGUGUAGCACCAUAUGUAUUACUGAACUGUUCCCACUGUCCAUCAACCUGUCGUGACUACAGACUACCUGAAACAUGUACAGAACCAGAUACCUGUGAACCAGGAUGCGGUUGUCCAGAGGGAUUUGUACAGUACAAUGAUAACUGUAUACCUGCAGUAGACUGUCCCUGUUAUAAUGACGCUGGUGAUGUUGUGGCAGAAGGAUUUACUUACCUAAAAGAUAAAUGUGAACAGUGCCAAUGUACCAGUAAUGGAACUUUCCACUGCUACAAAAUAGCUGACUGUUGUGAUUGGUCCGACUGGGGUCCAUGGGGAGAAUGUAGUGAUACAUGUGAAACAGGAGUACAUAGUAAAUACAGGCAGUUGAAUGAUGGGAACCCUGAUUCAUGUGGAAGUUAUUCACAGACAGAAUCCUGUACUCCAAUAGUGGUACCUGGAACAUGUGUAGACUGUAUCCAUGACAACAAGUUCUACUCUGUUGGUGAAAUAAUAAGUAGACAGGAAGAUGGCUGUGUUUUGUGUUACUGUGAUUCUACCCACAAUGUGUUCUGUACAAAAGAUGAAAUCGCAGUUGUUGAUGGUAACUGGUCCGGAUGGUCAGAGUGGUCAUCAUGUAGUAGUUCAUGUGAUGGAGGUAACAGACAAAGGACCAGACUUUGUAAUGAUCCCCUACCACUUUGUGAUGGUCUUGCUUGUAAUGGAACAAAUGUAGAAAUGGAGGACUGCAAUGCAGAUAUUUCAUGUUGUACCACAUCGGACUGGAGUGACUGGUCAGAUUGCUCGUCUACUUGUGGCCCAGGAGAACAAGCUAAGAUACGUAGCUUUGUCAACACAGAUGACCAAAAUAUCUGUCCAAGCAUCAAUACAACUGAGAUAAGGUCAUGUCAAAUACAAGAUUGUGGUUGUUCUUACGGUGAUUGGACACAAUGGUCAGAAUGUACAGUCAGUUGUGGUAUCGGUAUCAAGAGGAGAACACAGAAUCUAGCAGUUAUAAGUGUAAAUUGUCCUCUAGUUAAUACGGAAAGUGAGCAGUGCUCUCUUGCUGAUUGUAUAUGUGAUAAAAAUCAUACUGCAUGGAGUAACCAUACAAUGUGUGAAAAGACAUGCGCCAAUAGAUAUAACCCUAUCCCCAUAGUAGAGUGCCUAGAAAUAGCAGAGGGAUGCAUAUGUGAUGAUGAUUACUAUCUUAACCAGCUUGGAGAAUGUGUCAAGGAGGAAAACUGUUCCAUUUGUUAUACACCAGAACCUAAACAGGCAGGAGAAAUAUGGACUAAUGCUAAUAAUACCUGUGAAAAGUGUGAAUGUGUUGAUGGUGAGGUGAAGUGUAGCAGGACCUGUCAGAUACCAGUCUGUCGUAAUAAUGAAGAACUGGAAUAUGAUCCAAAUGAUCCAUGUUGUCCUGUCUGCAGACCUGUACAAACUACCUGUACAUUACGUACGGAUUUCAAAGUUCUAGAAAGUGGAGACUGUAUAACUACAGAACCAAUCUUUAUUAAGUACUGUUCAGGAGGUUGUGGAAACAGUACUAGUACUCCCAUGCUUGUAUUGAAUGGACAAGCUUCUGUGAACCUUGGUAUUAUACAGGAUUGUAAAUGUUGUACUGGUACUGUAUUGAAAACAGAAACUGUAGAUGUUGUGUGUGGAGCACUAAAGAUUGCAGCUAAAGCACAAAUAGCUAUGAUGGAUUCAUGUUCAUGCAAUUCAUGCAUUUAGUUUGAAACAGCAGAACAAACAUUUCUGAAAGAGUAACAAAGGAGACAGGAUACAACAAUAAACAUUUAUAACAUUGUACAUAUUCUUGACAAAU